AGUUACCUGUUCAAAAAACAUAUGAAAUCAUAGGUCAUUCCAAACAGGCGGUUUUAGGGAUCCGUUUGCCGGAGCGCGGAUCUGAGUUCUCUGGAAAAGCAAAGGAAAGUAGACCCGAGAAGAGGUAAUUGCGACUGAGUUUGUUGAAUUGUUUGGAAGAUUUGCGGUGCAGAGACGGCGUAGAUAAUGGGGUUGCUUAGUAUCAUUCGAAAAAUUAAAAGGAAAGAGAAGGAAAUGCGUAUACUUAUGGUUGGCCUCGACAACUCUGGGAAAACUACCAUCGUUUUAAAAAUCAAUGGGGAAGAUACUAGUGUUAUCAGCCCUACACUUGGAUUCAAUAUCAAGACUAUCAUCUAUCACAAGUACACACUUAACAUAUGGGAUGUUGGAGGCCAGAAGACUAUAAGAUCAUAUUGGAGGAACUAUUUUGAGCAGACGGAUGGACUAGUUUGGGUAGUUGACAGUUCUGAUCUUAGAAGAUUGGAUGAUUGCAAAUCGGAACUUGAUAAUCUUUUGAAAGAAGAGAGACUUUCUGGAGCAUCAUUGCUUAUUCUAGCUAAUAAGCAGGAUAUAAAAGGAGCCCUUUCUCCUGAGGAAAUUGCUAAGGUAAUGAAUUUGGAAGCCAUGGACAAAACACGGCACUGGAAAAUUGUUGGUUGUAGUGCUUACACUGGUGAGGGGCUAUUGGAGGGGUUCGAUUGGUUGGUCCAAGACAUUGCCUCCCGAAUCUAUGUGUUAGACUAAUGUCUCUUCGAUUCUGUAUCUCAUUCCUUAUAGAAACUGAUCUAAGAUUUUGUCGAAUAUAUGUGUUCGUUCAAAUGAACGUUUGUCUUC